CUUUGGUGUAGUGAAGAGAGUGAAGACAAACAUGGAAGAGCUCAGCGCCGUCGGGGAGCAGGUCUACGACGCCGAGUGCAUCCUGAACAAGCGUCUGAAGAAGGGAAAGUUGGAGUUCCUUGUGAAGUGGAGGGGAUGGUCAUCCAAGGACAACAGCUGGGAGCCUCAGAAAAACAUCCUUGACCCCCGACUGCUGGCUGCGUUCAACAAGAAAGAGCAGGAGAAGGAGCAGAUCAUGCGCAAGAAAGGGAAACGACCCAGGGGAAGGCCACGGAAAGUUGUUGAGAUCAACGCUGAGGCCACCAAGUCGUCCAGCUCUUCUUCGGGCUCCUCGUCUUCAUCCUCCGACUCCUCCUCGUGUUCCUCCUCUUCCUCCUCCGAGGACGAGGACGACGAGGACGAUGAUGACGGCGCCAAACCGGUGAGCCCCGGCGUCCGGACGCGAGAGCUUCACCCGGGGCCUCAGAAGAAGGCCCAGAUCGUCGUGGCCAAGCAGGAGCCCCCUAAGAAACGGGGUCGGAAACCCCAGGCCUCCCCGGAGCUCCGGACCUUCCAGCCGAUCAAGGGCCUCCGCAAGAUCGCCUCCAGGGAACCCAUGGCGAUAGAGCCGCCGGGCGCCAUCAGGAAGCCUGCACACCCGGCCGGCUUCUCCUUCCCGGGCUACCCGAGGGCUUCCCCCAGGGAACAGCUUGGUGGAGCGAACAGGGGCGCCCUCAGUCCAGCCGGGGCCGGUCAGACCCCCACAAGCCCCCUGGGGUUGGCCAGCAGGGCGGCCCAGCCCGCCUCUCCGUCCCUGAACCGAUCAGGCCAGAACAGGAACAGCGCCGACGCUAAACUGUCCGUCUCUGUUGCGAGCGGCGUGCCGGGUCUGGCCGGGAAUAAAUCCAAAGGAGUGGCCUCUUUGAGCGUCAACGCCCCCAAGCGGGCGCCACAAGGCUCGGCGCAGCCCCCUCUGGGCUCUCCCCUCAGACAGAGGAAGCCCGACGCCCCCGCGUCGCCAGCUCUACAACGGCUCCAGGCCGGCAAAGCAUCGUCCUCGUUUAACGGCCAAGCCAACGGCCUCCAGCCUCUGAACCUCCAGAGCGGCCGCAAACCGCCGCCGGGGGGAAGCAGCGCUCCAGAGGCCGCGACCGUUCCCACACAGGGCCUCAGGAACGCCUCGACCCCAGGGGGCAAGCCUGUGGCCGGGCAGCGGCAGGAGCCCGGCUGCGCCCAGACCCCCGUCUCCCCGGCCGGGUCGCUGCCCCGCAAGAGCCAGCCUGGGGCGGCCCAGGUGAGGCCGAGGGGCGAGGCGGGCUCCAACGGAGGGGAGAGGCUCACCGGCCGGGCCCAGAGCAGGACGGACAAGGGGGACGCGCUGAAAACGGAAACGGUGGCGGCGGCGACGACUAUUCAGGGUAAACGGGACGCUACCGCCGCCGGCAAAGACAGCGGCGGCGGCAAGCAGCCCAAGAGCGGCACGAGCACGGGGGAGGAGGGCAGCAGCUCGGACUCGGACCAGGACUCGUGUUUCCCGGGCAGCGGCCAGCAGGACCUCUCCAUCUCGCUCCAGAGCAGCCAGGAGUGGAAGCCCACGCGCAGCCUGAUAGAACACGUGUUCGUCACGGACGUCACGGCCAACCUGGUCACCGUCACGGUGAAGGAGUCCCCCACCAGCGUGGGCUUCUUCAACAUGAGGAACUACUGAGGCGAGGCACCCACCUUCUGACCUCAAGAAGGUCCCCUCACUUAGACCUCUGAAAUCUGCCUGGGGGGGGGGGGGGACGCUCAAGCACUGUACAUUUUUAGUGUUGAUAUACACCGAGGGCUGCGGUAAUGCAAAUCCUGUAAACAUUUAACAUUUGUGUAGGUUUGUAGAGUGUUGAUUAAGACCAGCUACCGUCGGGCUAGGCUGUAGCAAUGCUUUCUCUUUCUAGCCGUUCUCCAUCUCUCUCUCUCUCUCUCUCUCUAUAAAUAUUCUUGACGGAUGUUGAAAGGAAAACAUCUUGUAGGGCAACUUGUGUACUUUUAACCUAGACCUUUUUGUUUUUAUAUCAUUUGGAGUCAAACAGACUUAAAGGGAUCUAAAUCCUUUCUUUUUUUACUAAGACCUGUCUUAGCAGACGAGCUCUAACUAGCUGUUGCAAGACAGAGCUGCACUACAAGACAGCAGAUCAGGCUGAGACCGACCGCACGCUGGCAUUCUAGCAUCGACUCCAAAAGUCUGCGCUCUGAGUUUUGGGCUGUACGAAAGUCGAUAACCACAGUAUGCAGAUAAUAGUCACGGCAACGGUGUACGGUGCGAUUACAGUAAUCAAGCAAUUGGCUGCUGUGGUGGUUGUAAUAUUGUCACAACUGCAGUGGAGUGCUACAGAGGAAUGAUAAAGAAGAGCAUUGGGGAGACGGCAGUUUGUUCGCUCAAACACAGGCGUGGCCAGUUGGCAGAUGAAGGCUUCCCACUGCGAGGCGUCCGUGUUCAUUCUGGGACUGUGAUCAGUGUGGUGGAUGGCAGGUUAAGGGAGGUGACUACCUGAAUUACUCCGUGGAGUUUAUCAUGUACGAAAUUAUAUAUUUUUUGUGAAAUUUGUUUACUCCUUGGGCUGCAGUGCCAGAGUGGGAACUUCCGCCCACGACAUCCGUUUAUUUUGUUGUGGGUCAGUAGGAAUUUCAGUUAGGCAUAAUGGCCUGGGAGAACAUGCAGAGGAAGAGAUUCCACACAAUGAAGACCACAACUAGGCCCAAUCCUAGUGUUACUGUAUAUAUUCUGUUAAUAGCUGGAACACCAUCUGAGGACACCAGUCAUAUGCUUUUUUUUAUUUUUGUGG